UGUCAUGGUGGAAGUUGGAGCAAACGUUGUUGUUGUGGCGACUUUAGUUUCGAUCUAAUCGUUAACUCUUAUCUACUCUGAAGUGUUUUGGUUCACUGCACCGGCAGCAGCAUGGCCUCCACGGCGGCAGGGAAGCAACGGAUCCCGAAGGUGGCGAAGUCGUCAUCGUUCACCCCGAAGUGAAGAACUGGAUCAAGUAUGCCCGCUUCGAGGAGAAACACGGCUACAUCGCUCACAGCAGGAAGGUGUACGAGCGGGCCGUGGAGUUCUUUGGAGAGGAGCACAUGGACGAGAACCUGUUUGUGGCCUUCGCCAGGUUUGAGGAGACGCAGAAGGAGUUUGAACGCGUUCGGGUCAUUUAUAAAUACGCUUUGGACAGAAUCCCCAAACAUCAGGCUCAGGAGCUCUUUAAGAACUACACCAUGUUCGAGAAGAAGUUUGGAGACCGGAGAGGCAUCGAGGACGUCAUCGUCAGCAAACGAAGGUUCCAGUACGAAGAAGAAGUUAAGGCAAACCCUCACAACUACGACGCCUGGUUCGAUUACCUCCGCCUGGUGGAGAGCGACGCAGACCCCGACACGGUGCGCGAGGUUUACGAACGAGCCAUCUCCAACAUCCCCCCCAUCCAGGAGAAGAGGCACUGGAGGCGCUACAUCUACCUGUGGAUCAACUACGGCCUGUAUGAGGAGCUGGAGACAAAGGACCCAGAGAGGACCAGGCAGGUGUACCAGGCGUGUCUGGAGCUCAUCCCUCACAAGAAGUUCACCUUCGCUAAGAUCUGGCUGCUCUUCGCUCAGUUUGAGAUCCGACAGAAGAACCUUCAGAAUGCCAGGAAGGUCAUGGGCACAGCCAUCGGGAAAUGUCCCAAGAACAAACUGUUUAAAGGCUACAUCGAGCUGGAGCUGCAGCUCAGAGAGUUCGACCGCUGCAGGAAGCUCUACGAGAAGUACCUGGAGUUCAGUCCUGAGAACUGCACCACCUGGAUCAAGUUCUCCGAGCUGGAGACCAUCCUGGGAGACGUGGACAGAGCUCGCGCCAUCUUUGAGCUGGCCAUUGGACAGCCACGCCUAGACAUGCCUGAGGUCUUGUGGAAGUCCUACAUUGACUUUGAGAUUGAGCAGGAGGAGUUUGAAAACACCAGGAACCUGUACAGGAGGCUGCUGCAGCGCACACAACACGUCAAGGUUUGGAUCAGUUUUGCCAAGUUUGAGAUGUCCAUCGAGGAAGCAGACCGUCUGCAGAGGUGCCGGCAGAUCUACGAGGAGGCCAACAAGAGCAUGAGGAGCUGUGAGGAGAAGGAGGAGCGCCUCAUGCUCCUCGAGUCCUGGAGGGACUUUGAGAAGGAGUUUGGUUCUGACAGCACCAGAGAACGGGUCAGGAAGCUGCUGCCAGAGAAGGUGAAGAAGAGGAGGAAGCUGACGGCUGAAGAUGGGUCGGACGCCGGCUGGGAGGAAUAUUACGACUACAUCUUCCCGGAGGACGCUGCCAACCAGCCCAACCUGAAGCUGCUGGCCAUGGCCAAGAUGUGGAAGAGGCAGCAGGUGCAGGACGAUGAGGAGGAGCCUCCAGAAAAACCUGCCACACCUGAAGACUCUUCCUCUUCCUCAUCUGCUCCUCCUGACAGUCCCAGCAGAACCACAGAGACUGAACCCAACACGUUUGAUGACCGAGAUGAUGACGAUGACAGCAGCAGCAGUGAGGAGGAGGAGGAGGAGGAGGAGAAAUCAAAAGUCAGCAGUGACGAGAACAAGGAUUAGACUCAGAGACUUUCUUCAGCUUUUUGGGUUUUUUUUAAAUAUUUUCUACUGAUUAUUGUUUCUCAGAAAUAAUAAAAGGAACAGUUCAGACAGA